AUGGGCGGUCACUGUUUGUUCCCCGUUGCAACGUUGAGACUGGCGCCAUUGUGGUUCUUGCUAGGGACGCUUCCAACGUUGUUUUCUUUGGCGACCUCGAGCCGUAAUGGCGGAGACAGUGGCAUGUUUUUGCGAGCUCCAUUUGGCUGUUUUCAAACCUGCAGAAAACUCCUGGAGAACAAUGUGACUUCAUACUUGCCGUUAGUGACUCCAAACAAACGAGGUCUAAAAUCAGGACACAUUCAGAACAUUUUGACAAAGCCUUUAAUCCCGAGGCUUAUUGGACUUGAAUUCCAUUGUCGCCACAAACUGGUCACAAAUCCUGUGAAACUUUGGAAACUAUUAGGCACUACUCACUAUUUCAGCACAUCCAACAGAAGACAUGAAAAGAAAGAAGGUGGAAAAGGGAAGACCCCAGAGGAGGAUGAAGAAGAGAAAAAGAGACGAGAGCAGGAGGACCAGAUGUAUAGGGAACGACUGCGCACACUCUUUAUUAUCGCUGUCAUCAUGAGCUUGCUCAACUCCAUCAACACCAGUGGGGGGAACAUAUCCUGGAAUGAUUUUGUAAAUGAAAUGUUGGCCAAAGGGGAGGUGUCACGAGUACAGGUGGUUCCAGAGAGUGACGUUGUGGAGAUCUACCUUCACCCUGGUGCAGUCAUCUUCGGCAGACCUAGACUUGCCCUGAUGUACCGAAUGCAGGUGGCCAAUAUUGACAAGUUUGAGGAGAAGCUUAGAGCAGCAGAGGAAGAGCUGAAUAUAGAUACCAAAGACAGAAUACCAGUCACCUACAAGCGCACAGGCUUCUUUGGGAAUGCUCUUUAUGCACUCGGUAUGGCUGCCAUUGGGGUUGCAAUUCUCUGGUACAUCUUCCGCCUGGCAGGAAUGGGUGGGAGAGAUGGUGGCUUUAGCGCUUUUUUGAAGAAUCCAGAUAGAUACCUUCAGCUUGGGGCCAAGGUACCUAAGGGCUCUCUGCUCCUGGGGCCCCCUGGCUGUGGUAAAACUCUGCUGGCUAAGGCAGUGGCAACAGAAGCUCAGGUACCCUUCCUUGCCAUGGCAGGUUCAGAGUUUGUGGAGGUGAUCGGAGGCCUUGGUGCCGCAAGAGUGCGAAGUCUUUUCAAAGAGGCUCGUGCUCGAGCGCCAUGCAUCGUCUACAUCGAUGAGAUUGAUGCUGUGGGGAAGAAACGGUCCACAAACAUGUCUGGUUUCUCAAACACAGAGGAAGAGCAGACCCUUAACCAGCUGCUUGUGGAGAUGGAUGGAAUGGGUACCACAGAUCAUGUGAUUGUCCUGGCCUCCACUAACCGGGCAGACAUUCUGGACAAUGCACUUAUGAGACCAGGCAGACUUGACAGGCACAUAUUUAUAGACCUGCCAACUCUUCAGGAGAGAAAGGAAAUCUUUGAGCAGCACCUGAAGAUCCUGAAGCUUACUCAGCCGGCAGACUUCUACUCCCUGCGUCUGGCAGAGUUGACACCAGGCUUCAGUGGGGCUGACAUCGCCAACAUCUGCAAUGAAGCCGCCCUUCAUGCUGCCAGAGAGGGCUACAAGUCUAUUGACACCUUUAACUUUGAAUAUGCUGUGGAGAGAGUCAUCGCAGGGAGUGUGAAGAAGAGUAAAAUCUUAUCUAAAGAAGAGCAGAGGGUGGUGGCUUUUCAUGAGUCUGGUCAUGCUUUAGUGGGAUGGCUGCUAGAACACACCGAAGCUGUCAUGAAGGUUUCAAUUGCUCCCAGAACAAAUGCUGCUUUGGGCUUUGCUCAGAUCCUGCCAAAGGAUCAGUAUUUAUUUACUAAAGAGCAGCUGUUUGAGAGGAUGUGUAUGGCUUUGGGUGGACGAGCCUCUGAAGCCAUCACCUUCAAUAAGGUCACCACAGGUGCUCAGGAUGACCUGAGGAAGGUGACCCGCGUGGCCUACUCCAUGGUGAAGCAGUAUGGCAUGGUUGCCAGUGUGGGCCAGGUGUCCUUCCCCGACUCCGAGGAUCAGGGCGGUAUUGGACGGAGACCAUUCAGCCAAGGACUCCAACAGCAGAUGGACCAUGAAGCUAAGAUGCUAAUAGCAAAGGCCUACAGGCACACAGAGAAAUUGCUCUUGGACAACAGAGACAAACUUAUUUUGCUGGCUAAUAACCUGCUGGAGAGGGAGGUGGUCAACUACGAUGACAUUGAGACUUUGCUGGGACCUCCUCCAUGA